CCCGCAUCCUCGACUCAAAUACUCUUCUUGCACACCGCACUGCCUGCCCACAUCCACAUCCUUAUUCUCUACUGCUGUCCCGAUCUCCUUAGCUAUAUUCCUGGUGCGCUGCCUUGCGACAUGCUAUUGCAAUAAAAGCGAAACCAUCGCGGUCUUGUUAUUGUUGUCCAUCUCUUCCAUCACUCCCAUCCGAGCUCCCACCAAGCCAACAGCACCCCUCCCUGUUCGAUUGCUGCACGAGUCCAACCUGCGCUUGCAUCUUGAAAUCGCUUCAGCAGCUGCACUCUGCAUCAGACAGCGAUGGCGCCCACGAUGGCCCAUCCUGUUAAUUAUGGCCAGGUUAUUGAGUACAUUCAAGACCGAUUGUACCUAGCAUCUUACACCCAGGCGCCGAACGAAAACACUCCUUUCCCAUAUCCUACCCAAGCGAAGAGAUCCCCUUACAAGAAAUCCUCCAGAGCUCAAGCAGGCCCGACACCGGCCGGUCUUCGACCUCCCCCAGUUUACUUCACGAUUGAUGACACCCUCCUUUACAACGCUUUUCACGCAGACUUUGGUCCCUUGCACGUUGGCCAUCUGUACCGAUUUGCAGUCCAAUUCCACGAGAUUUUGGGAGAUCCAGCCAACAAUGACAAAGCCGUGGUGUUUUGGAGUCGGGCUGAUGCCAGAAGUCGAGCCAAUGCGGCAUGCUUGGUCGCUUGCUACAUGGUUCUGAUCCAAGCAUGGCCACCUCAUCUUGCUCUCGCACCCAUCGCUCAAGCAGAUCCUCCCUACAUGCCUUUCCGCGACGCAGGCUAUAGUCAAGCCGAUUUUAUCCUCAACAUUCAAGACGUCGUCUAUGGGGUUUGGAAAGCAAAAGAGGAAAAUCUCUGUCAGCUCAAGGAAUUCAAUCUGGAAGAAUACGAACGCUAUGAAAGAGUAGAUAUGGGAGACUUCAACUGGAUAUCACCACAAUUCGUGGCCUUUGCGUCACCUCAGUCCGAACCUACCGCACCCAUACCAAUCUCAUCUCCAGCCUAUUCGACGCUACCAUCUUGUGUACCCGAAAUUCCAAAUGCAAGAAUACCACAACCCUUCAAGAACGUCCUCACCCAUUUUGUCCAGCGAGACGUCGGCCUGGUGGUGAGGCUGAAUUCGGAGCUUUAUUGCCCAACAUACUUUUCUGCUCUUGGUAUCCAACACAUUGAUAUGAUCUUUGAAGACGGCACAUGCCCGACUCUCCCGAUCGUGCGGAAGUUCAUCAAGCUUGCCCAUGAUAUGAUCGCCAAGAACAAAUCUAUCGCCGUGCAUUGCAAGGCUGGUCUUGGUCGAACAGGCUGCUUGAUCGGGGCUUAUCUGAUAUAUCGUCAUGGCUUCACUGCCAACGAGGUUAUUGCUUUCAUGCGCUUCAUGCGCCCGGGCAUGGUGGUCGGUCCACAGCAACAUUGGCUGCACCUGAACCAGGGCAAAUUCCGAGAGUGGUAUCUCGAGGACCAGUGGAAGACGAAGAUCGAAGUGGCAAAACCUUCUACGCCACGCGCAAUGUCAACAAAGACUCCUAUGAGAGUUGCCAGUGGUGGAGCACAACAAGCAACACCGGAUCGAUCCAGCGCACGGAGAUCUGCUUUGGGCGAGAUUGAUGGCAACGAUGUCACCAACCCUGGCUCCUACCAGGAUGAAAAUCUUCCUGCACCCACACCUGGCCAGCCGAGAAAAUAUUCUCGCAUGGACUCAAGAAGCCAUCCCUACGCUCGAUCAUCAUCCGGCACGAUGCGAGUCAAUGGAGGCAGAUCAGAGAGCGAAGUCGCCGUGGAAACUCAUCGUCACAGCGUCAAUGGAGCAGACAGCGAGGAGGAGCUCAUUCUGCAGCGAGCAGCGUCUCGUCGCAGCCAAAGCAAAAGCCCCGUCGGCAGCAAAGGCAAGGCGCGUAGCGUUUCUUACACUACGACGACCACGACCGUGACCAAGUCGUUCGACAUGGCCGACGACAUGAACAUCUAUGAAGACGACGGUGAUAUCAAGUUCCAGCUCGAGGACACCAACGCCAUCUGGGACGAGCUGGCCCAGGAGCAGGAAAAUUUGAAGCUCAGCACCGUUAGUGAGAAGGCCUCCCGCCCUAAGACACCGAGGUCAGCGAGCGGAAAGGGCGCCAUGAAUGUGUCAAAGACAAGAUCAUUGCGAGAGUCGCCUCGUCGAAGUGGUGGUGAGGACAAGACCAAGGUCAGGAAGACCAGUGGACGGGUGGGAAGUGCGAGCCAUGGACCCGUUGGUGUCAAGCGGUGAUGAAAGAGUCAGGGCCUUUGUUGAUGGCAUGGGAUACUUAUGCUUAAGCUCUGUCUAUGCUGCUUGAACUAGCAAGUGUGGAGCUGUGAUACGACGUAACGGCCAAGUCUUCGAGGUGCACUCACGCUUCGCUUCUGCGUCAGCGAUGGGAAUUACCUCAAACGACCAACUCUUUUGUCAUGACGUGCAAGGAACUGGGCGGAUGGACUUGUACAUGGACCCUUUCUCCGAGCAUAUUCAGUGAUCAUGACUUAUUGGUGCAAGGUGUGUGUGAGAUGGGCUUUUGUUCGCAUGUCUACACGAUAUGUUCAUGAAUGCUUGAGCUGAUCUCGAAGUUGGUCUGGCGCCGGAAUCUUGGUCACCAAUCAACGAAUGGGGAGUGCUCUGCUUUGCUUUGCUUUGCUUUGGUAUGGGAGUUGUUGAUACUGCAUGGCGUUGGCAAUGGGAAGAAGGCAUGAUAUGGCAUGGCAUGAGCAUGGCGCACAUUGUGAACCUGGGAGAGAGUACUAUUUGCAUGCAGACGACCGGGGUUGUUGAUAUUGAUUCCGUCACUUGUUCACGUCACUGGUCUACUACGGUCUCAUAGGUAUAUCGUGUAAUGAAACUCGCUUACCCGGGGUGCCAAACAUCUGCCGCUUAAAUCGGCGAAGCAGCAGUUGGCAUCGCAUUGAACAGGAGGCCCUCCUGCCAUACAAAUUGUCCUUGCUGCUGUUUGUCGUCGAAUGGCACCCUAGCGCUAUAUUACACGAUUUACCCAUGAGACCAUAGUAAAC